GUGUAAAAGAGUGGUCGAAGGCUGUAAGGUUUGAGAGAAGUGAGAAUGGGGAAUCCGAGAGAGAAGGAACACAUUGAGGGGAUACGGAGGAAGAAGUUCUCGAUUGGAGGGCCAGAAAACCCGUUGAUCCCAGACCUUCACGAGGCAGUCAAGAAUCUCUCCGCCGAGCUCUAUGCCAAAGAUGUUCACUUUCUGAUGGAGCUCAUUCAGAACGCAGAAGAUAACCAUUACAAUGAGGGGGUAAAUCCAACGCUUGAAUUCAUCAUAACAUCAAAGGACAUAACAGCCACACGAGCUCCAGCCACAUUACUCAUUUUGAACAAUGAGAAGGGUUUUUCUCCGAAAAACAUCGAAUCCAUUUGUAGUGUCGGACGCUCCACCAAGAAGGGCAACAGAAGAAGUGGUUAUAUAGGGGAGAAAGGGAUUGGUUUCAAGAGUGUGUUCUUGAUUACUACUACACCUUACAUUUUCAGCAACGGAUAUCAGAUACGUUUCAAUGAGGAGCCUUGUCAGCAUUGCGGUCUUGGAUAUAUAGUUCCAGAAUGGGUUGAGGAGAACCCAACACUUGAAGAGAUAGAGCAGAUAUGUGGUGUGGAUGAUUCUCGUCCAACCACAAUCAUUAUAUUUCCUUUGAAGCCAGACAAAGUUGGACCGGUGAAACAACAGCUCUCCAACAUUCAUCCAGAGGUUCUUCUAUUUCUUUCAAAAAUCAAACGGCUUUCAGUGAGGGAAGAUAACGAGGAUCCCAGGCUUAAUACUGUAACUGCCAUAGCCAUUUCAAGUGAGAUUAAUUUCAUGACAAGGAAAAACAUGAAUGCCAAGUCCUAUACUCUUUGUUUAUCUUCUGAGGAAAAUGGGGAUUCUGAAAAAGAAUGUAUGUACCACAUGUGGAGGCAAAGAUUUCCUGUAAGGCCAGAAAAUCGAGUGGAAAGGAGAAUGGAUGUGGAGGAGUGGGUUGUCACAUUAGCCUUUCCAAAUCAGGAGAGGCUUCACAGGGGAAGGAGUUCACCUGGGAUCUACGCAUUUCUUCCUACAGAGAUGGUCACAAAUUUCCCUUUCAUAAUUCAAGCAGAUUUUGUGUUGGCUUCAUCAAGAGAGACAAUUCUCUUGGAUGAUAAGUGGAACCAAGGUAUACUCAACUGUAUUCCUUCGGCUUUUAUGGAUGCAUUCAAAUCACUUGUUAUCUCACCAGAUCCUCCAAUAUCCAGUUUGAUCCGGUUCUUUCAAUUCCUACCACUUAAUAUAUCUUCCUAUCAGGAGUUAAAUGACAUAAGGGAUGAAAUCAAAGCAAAGGUGGUUGAAGAAAGCAUUGUUCCUAGUGAGACAUACUCGAAACAGAAGCACUUUUAUAAGCCUCGUGAAGUUGGCAGACUAUUGCCUGCUUUUUGGGAUGUUUUAACAAAGGCCAAAGAGCAAGGAGUACACUUGGGUAACCUAUCAUCCCAUGGAAGUUAUAUCCUACAUUCUUCAUUCGAUCAGGUUCAGUUUGAUCACAUACUAGACUUCUUGGGUGUACAACUAGUCAGUCAUGAAUGGUAUGCAAAGUGUAUUCAGAGUUCUAAUCUCGUGUUGGGAGUAUCAGAAGAUGCCUACUUGCAGCUUUUAUUGUUUAUUGCCGAGAAUUGGGGGUCCAGAAUCUGGUCCUCCAAUAUGAAGUUUACUCCUCUAAUCAAAUGUGUUCGUUCGGAUGGAAAUCUGUCCUGUUUCGAUCUUGAUAAAUGUGAGAGGAGCCAAGGUUCUGUGAAGAUUCUUUUAGCUGAUCCGAACCAAUCCUGCCCUAUCUCGUGGCUGAUUUCAUGGAACAGGGAAUUCUCUUGUGCAGGCAAUCAUUAUUUUAUGCCAGAAACCACACAGGAGGCAAUACAGAAAUUUCCCCGGAAACAGACCUUGUUGGGAUGGCUGGGAAAAGAAAUUAAUUUUUCUACUGUAGGUGCAUAUGAUUAUGCAAAUCUCAUAUGCCAUUCUAUUGGCAAUAAAUGCAAUCAUGCUCUUGCUUAUUCACAUUUCUUAUAUCACUCAUUCUUAAGGCAAUAUUUGUCAAGGUGGCAGGUUGAUGAUCUAUGCAAAUCUAUGCCACUAGUAGACAAUUAUGGUCGCGUGUCCACGUGCAGAGAAGGGGUUCUCGUGCCGGCUAAGGAGAGCAAAUGGGCAGAUUUGAUCGUUUCUAAUCCAUGGAGGGAUGAAGGCUAUGUUGAGUUGAAAGAAGACUAUUUGUACUCAUACAGAUUUGCAGGCCAAUAUACCUACCAGGGGAGACUUAUAGACUUCCUUAAAACUCAUGUUGGAGCUUGUGAUAUACCUCACAUAUCUCCUCCGAAUGCUAGUUUUUCUGCUGUGAAUAAUCCUUUGACGAAGGAAAAUGCUUUCUUGGUUUUGGAUUGGAUCCAAAAUUUGAAGUACAGAGGGAUUCUACCAGAGAGGUUCCUGAAAUCCGUAAGGGAAGGUAGUUGGCUGAAAGUUACAAUCAAUGGGUAUAGGCCACCUUCCAAGUCAUUCUUAGUCGACUCAACAUUGAGAAACCUGCUGCAAAAUAGAUCUGUUCUUGUUGACAUUCCAGUGGUUGAUCAGAUAUUUUAUGGGAAAAAACUAGAUGAGUACGAGGACGAGUUGAAAACAAUUGGAGUGAUGUUCAGUUAUAAGGAGGCAUGUGCAUUUAUUGGGAAAGAACUCAUGUCUCGGGCAGCUUCUUUCACUUUGAGUAGAGUGCAAGUUUUGUCUAUGCUUCAGUUCAUCAGAUAUCUAAGGCAAAAUCAUUUCCCCUCGGGUGAGUUUGUGAGCAGCAUAAAAAAUGGAAGGUGGCUCAAGACAUGUUACGAUUACAGGUCUCCUGAUAGAGCUAUCUUGUAUGAUUCUGAGUGGGAAAUUGCAUCUCAAAUCAGCAAUCUCCCAUUCAUUGACGACUCUUACUAUGGUAAUGAAAUAUAUAAUUUCAAGGAGGAACUUCAAUUGCUGGGUGUGAUGGUUGGCUUUUGUGGAAGAUACCAACUUGUUAUUGACCACUUAAAAUCAUCCUAUAAUUUGAUCAAUUUCACGGCCGAGGCUAUUAUAUUGAUACUAGAAUGCAUGCAUUUCUCAAAUGUCUCUGGCAAGCUUGUCAGUGCGCUUCAAGGAUCAAAUUGCUUGAUGACGAGUAAAGGGUUCAAAGCUCCGCGUGGUUGUUACUUAUCUGAUCCUGUAUGGGGUUGUAUUCUUGAGGUAUUCAAUAUUUCCCCUGUGAUUGAUCAUAAUUUCUAUGGGAACAAGAUUAUGACUUACAAGGAUGAGCUGAAGAGAACGGGAGUGGUGGUUGAUUUUGAGGAUGCAAUCGAAGCAUUUGGUGCAGUUUUCAAGCUAAAGGCAUCUCAAGCUUCCCUUACCAAGCAGCAUGUGGAGUCAUUUCUCUUCUGCUACAGACACCUGAAGGAAGCUCAAUAUGCAUUUCCUUCAAGUUUUUUGGCAAUUUUAAGAACUGUCGAGUGGUUGCGGACUCGCCUUGGUGCUCAUAAGCCUCCCAAAGAUUGCAUUUUGUUUGGUCCAGCAUGGGAAUCUCUCUCUGCAAUUACUCGUCUCCCUUUCAUUGAUGAUAGCGAUAAUUUUUAUGGCAAGGGCAUCUCUGAGUAUAAGGAAGAAUUGAAAAGCAUGGGAGUUGCUAUUGAAGUGAAAGAUGGACUGAAGCUAAUCUCUGCUGGUCUAAGGUUUCCUUCUGAUCCUUCCUCCAUAACUCCUGAAAAUGUGUUUUCUUUGCUGGAAUGUAUUCGCUUAAUGCAAGAGCGUCCUCAAUCCUUUGAUGACUUUGGAGAACAGUUGUCAAGAAAAUGGUUGAAGACCCAAGUUGGCUAUGAAACUCCAAAAAGAUGUUUGUUGUUUGAUUCUCAGUGGAAAUUGGAGCCAAUGGAUGGACCCUUCAUUGAUGAGACUUUUUACGGAUCAAAAAUUACAUCUUACAAAAAGGAACUCAUUGCAAUAGGGGUUAUUUCUAGUUGUCACGAAGGGCUCUCAGUAAUGGCUGGUUACCUUAGCUACCAUUCCAAUUUUUCCACCAUAGUGCGCAUUUACAAGUAUUUGAGUAAAUAUGAUUGGAUGCCAGAGGAAGAAACUGAUAAACGGAAGAUGAUUUGGAUUCCAGAUGGAGAUCAGAAUGGAGAAUUUGUCAAUCCUGAAGACUGUGUCAUCCAUGACAAGGAUAAUCUUUUUAGUUCAAAGUUUUAUGUUUUGGAGAGAUACUAUGAAAAGGAUUUGCUUCCUUUUUUCUCCUCAGCUUUGCGCGUGAGAAGCAAUCCUCAGGUUGAUGACUACAUAGAGCUUUGGAAGGAAUGGGAGAAUUCAGUUGAACAAUUUUCACAUUAUAAAUGCUGUAAGUUCUGGAGUUUUAUCUUGAAGCACAACACUAAGAAGACAAAGGAAAAGCUUUUUGAGAACUUGAAGAAACUUCCUGUUACAUCAGACUCUAGUGGAAUACUUUUGUCUAACAAGUCUCAUGUUUUUGUUGCUGAUAACCUUUAUAUGAAGAAUCUUUUUGAGGAUGAGAGAGUAUUUGUUUGGUAUCCUCAGCCAAGCUUGCCAUCGUUGGACAGGUUUGUAUUAUUGGACAUCUACAAGGAAAUUGGUGUUUGCCCUAUAUCUAAAUCUGUGCAAAAAGAAGAAUCAUUCCGACUAGAUGGUGUGGAACUCAAUGAGGUAGAGCCAAGGAUUGUUUUCAUUGGAAAGAGUUUGGUCAAGCUUAUUCUUGGUUUUCUUGCUUGUUCUAGUCUCAAAAUGGAAGAAGAGAAGAGGCAUGAAGCUGUUCGAGGUCUUCUUGACCUUAAAGUAUAUGAGAUGACUGGGCCAAUCACGGUAAACUAUAGUUUGUCACUAUCAUCAGGGAGGACCAUUACUAGGGAGGCGAACAAGAUGAUGCGUUGGGAAAAUUCAGAACUUAUCAUCCAGAAGCUGGACUUGAAAUCUGGAAAUGCAAGCAUGAUCAAAUAUGCCACUUAUUUCUCGGAAAUGAUCUCUGCAGGCAUACUGUGUGAGCAUGUUGAUCAUGUAGGGGCACUCUCUGAGCUGAUCAAGUUGGGAUUUCUGCUCAAGUUCGAUGAGGAAGCAGUUAACUUCUUGAUGGAGUCCAAGGAUUUGCAAAUUUUUUUGGAAGAUGAGGAAUUCCUCAAUGCUGCCUUUCCGUCCAAGCAAGCUUGCUGGGAAUAGUUUCUGCCAUGUUUGUUCCUUCUUGAGUCUGUAGCAAAGAUCACUGUUAUUUGAGUUUGAUAAUUUAAGAUUUCUCAUGUUUGUCCUUGUAUGCGUUUACAUGUUCAGAUAUAAUAUUAAGUGUUGCAAUGUAAGACUUGGAUGAGUUACUUUUAAAUCAAUUCGAUGAUUGUAAAUGUGUUCGAACUUCAAA